UGAGUGAUGUGUUGAGUACAGACGGAUUCCGAUUGGGUUUUUCUAAAUUUAUAACUAAAACGCAUCUUUUUUAUUCAACAUUGUGAGACAAUACGUGCAUUAUGAUUAUUUUACUUCCUUGACAUUAGACAUUUUGGAAAGUUUGUGUACUUUAAGAGUUAUUUUUAAGAAUUCGGUGACAUUUCAGUGAAGUGCCUAAUUUGAUCAUGGAGGCUCUAGCAAAACACGAUUUUACUGCAACCGCAGAUGAUGAGCUCAGUUUUAGAAAAAAUCAAGUAUUAAAAAUUCUAAACAUGGAGGACGAUAUGAACUGGUACAGAGCUGAAUUAGACGGGAAAGAAGGGCUCAUUCCUAGUAAUUACAUACAAAUGAAAAAUCACAGUUGGUAUUAUGGGCGUAUUACAAGAGCAGAUGCAGAAAAACUCUUAGCAAACAAACCUGAAGGUGGCUUCUUGAUAAGGAUCAGCGAAUCAAGCCCUGGCGACUUCUCCUUAUCAGUCAAAUGUCCGGACGGUGUCCAGCACUUCAAAGUAUUAAGAGACGCCUCGAGCAAGUUCUUCCUUUGGGUCGUCAAGUUCAAUUCGCUCAACGAACUAGUUGAUUAUCAUCGUACCGCGUCUGUCAGUCGCCUUCAAGACGUUAAACUGCGCGACGUCGUCCCCGAAGAAAUGUUGGUGCAGGCUCUAUACGACUUCACCCCACAAGAGGCUGGCGAGUUGGAGUUUAGACGCGGUGACGUCAUAACCGUGACAGAUCGCUCCGACCAGCACUGGUGGCAGGGCGAGAUAGCUCACCGCCGCGGGCUGUUCCCGGCUUCGUACGUGACGGCGUACCACUCGUCAUAGUGGGCGCGCGCCUCAUCCCCCCUCCCCCCGCCUCUCUACCGCCGCCGCCGCCCCGCGUUCCCUCACAACCGUCGGACCGGACCCAGGCACGUACGAAGGCCGCACAUCGACGCCCGCUAAACAACGUCCACUGCUGUAUCUAGUAAGUACAUUGUAUCGUAUCGUUCGUCGGCCGAUUCAGAUAUUAUUAUUACAUCGAAAUAUUAUUAGAAACGUGCGUUUUUUUAAAUAUUAGUCAUACUAAAAUCGGAUAUGUUUGAGCUGUGAACGGGGAAAGACCGCCCGAAGUGACGGGGACGGCGCCGGUGUCCCGCCCCCCAACCCCCCGGCCCCCUCAAGAGAGAUUUCGGUUUUUGUGUAAUAUUUCGUGAGUAUUUUGGUGCUUUCGUGUACUCUACAGCGUAUCGUGAAAAUUAUGAAUAAAAUUUUUUUAAUGCGUAUUUUGUAAUAGUAAUUUUGCGAGAGAUUUACGUCGUCGGUCCAUUGUUUUUUAAUCGUGUUUUUUGAAAAGAGAGAGUAAGCUGCCUUAUUUAUAUAAUUUCUUGCAUCGCAGUGUAAGAAUAAUUCGGUAGUACAAAAAGUUAUUGGUAUUUUUGUGUCGUGUUUCGUAUCGAUUUUAAUGUACUCGGUAACUUUUUUUUUUUUAAAUCUGAUUUUGACAAUUUACAAAAUAAUAAUAUUAGAGUGAUUUUUAUAUCCUCGGUAACGUGCCAGAAUUAUGUUAUUUUGUAGUUUUUUGAAAUGUAUUUUUUUUUUAGUAAUAGAAAUAUAAUAAUAGGGAGCUAAUGCUACCCAGUUAUUGCUGGUGUCUCCCCAUCCGCGUAUGUAAUGUAGAUUUUCUUUUAAUUUUUAUUAUGUUUAAUUCGAUGUGAUUUUAAAUGUUUCGCCGCUAUUUAACGAUUAUUAGUUUCUAAUGUUCAUUAAAAAAAAAAAAUUUAUCGUUUGUAAUUUAGAUAGGCGAUUUAAUUGUUAGUUUCGCUUUAUCGAUUUUAAAUGUAUGUUUUAUUUUGAAUUGCGUAAAAUAUUUUGUACUGCUACUUUUAAUUAGUUCAGCUUUAGCUAUUGACAAUGUCCGAAUGUACUAAGUAUAAAUCGGCUCUAUACGUUUUCUGUUUACGCACAAAAUUAUAAUACUCCCACAUUACGUUUUAAUAUUUACAAUUAUAUAUAUUUAUGAAUAUACAUAAUUUUAUUUUGAUUCAGUUAUUUUAUUAUUUGACGGAUUGUGACGGAAUGGAUUGUCCAAUGACACGAUAAUAAUUUUAAUGAUAAAUGAAAAUGAAAAAAGUAACACCAAGCUUUUUAUCGCUUUCAAUGCUCGAUGCGGGUUCGUUACCUGUUUUUGGUUUUUUAUUUGUCAAACGGAAUUUAAAUUAAAAAAAAUUAUUAAAAAUAUAUUACAUAUAAAAUGUUAAACAUAAAUAUAAUUCAGAUUCUAAUCGUAAGGUAACGAAACUAAGAUAGUUGGUAGAACGACUAAUGUUGACGAGAAAAAUACAUAAUAUACAUAUAUUAAUUAAAAUAAAGUAUAUAGACGCUUGAAA